GGGGUGCAUCUACACUGUAGAAUGAAUGCAGUGUGGCACCGCUUUAACUGUAUUGGCUCCAUGCGAUGGGAUCCUGGUGAGACAACAGCAGAGGAAGCCAAAGACCUUGUAAAAUGACACAUACAGCGAGUGAUGGCAGUCGAAGCGGUUAACCAUGGCUGCUUCCAGCCUUAGCCGAUAUUGUUAUUUUGGACAUCACGGGAUCUUCCCAAGGAUGCAGAUGAGAUGCUCAAGAAAAGCCUCAAGUUUGUGGAUCAACAGUAGCUCUCCUUGCAAAAUGACAGCAAAGACGAUAAGGCCACUGACGAGACCGAUGCUUAAGCCACCUACCAUCAAUUCCUUGACCAAGAGAAGUCUCCAUACCACCCAGCUUCGUCUCCAGGAAGUGAUGCUUACUAGUGAGCGAUAUGAGGUGCAGAGGUUGCCCUUUGCCCAUGUGUCUGAUGCUGACCUGUCUUUCUUUGAACGUCUUAUGCCUGGCAGAGUUGUUACAGAUGUAGAUGAACUGGAACUCUUCAAUGUGGAUUGGUUGAAAUCAGUGAGAGGCUGCAGUAAAGUGUUGCUGAAACCACAGACAACGGUGGAAGUAUCUGAGAUUCUCAGGUAUUGCAACGAGAGGAACCUGGCUGUGAAUCCCCAGGGAGGUAACACUGGCCUUGUUGGGGGCAGCGUCCCUGUCUUCGAUGAGAUCAUUCUCUCCACGGCUCUUAUGAAUCAGGUUAUCAGCUUCGACACUGUUUCAGGGAUCUUGGUCUGUCAAGCUGGCUGCAUUUUAGAAAACCUCAACAAGUAUCUGGAGGAGUUUGACUUCAUUAUGCCCCUUGACCUAGGAGCAAAGGGCAGUUGCCACAUUGGAGGAAAUGUAGCUACAAACGCCGGUGGCUUGCGACUCCUGAGAUACGGCUCUCUCCGGGGGACAGUUCUAGGAUUAGAAGUGGUGUUGGCGAAUGGUUCCCUUCUGAAUUGUUUGACAUCUUUGCGGAAGGACAACACUGGGUAUGACUUGAAGCAGCUUUUCAUUGGGUCAGAGGGGACGCUGGGGAUCAUUACUGCGGUGUCCAUCCUCUGCCCACGGAAACCCAAGGCUGUGAAUCUUGCAUUUCUUGGUUGUCACAGUUUCUCCCAAGUCCUGCAGACCUUCACAACUUGUAAAGGGAUGCUGGGUGAGAUCCUGUCUGCCUAUGAGUUCAUGGACAGUGAAUGCAUGAAGCUGGUGGAAAGACACUUGAAGCUGGCCAGUCCAGUGGCAGAAAGCCCUUUCUAUGUGCUAAUUGAGACUUCAGGCUCCAAUUCAGCCCAUGAUGAAGAAAAACUGAGCCACUUCCUGGAACACGUAAUGGCCUCCGAUUUGGUCAUAGAGGGAACGCUGGCUUCUGAUGAAACAAAGAUAAAGGCACUGUGGGCUUUACGGGAGCGGAUCACAGAGGCCCUGACAUUCGAUGGAUCUGUUUACAAAUAUGACAUUUCCCUCCCUGUGGAGAAACUCUAUGAUCUUGUGACCGACAUGAGGGAACGUCUGGGCAGAAGUGCCAAGAAUGUGGUGGGCUAUGGCCAUCUAGGAGAUGGAAACUUGCACCUGAACAUCACAGCAGAGUCCUACAGUCAUUCUCUCCUGGAUGCGAUUGAACCCUAUGUGUAUGAAUGGACUUCCAAGUACCAAGGAAGCAUCAGUGCAGAACAUGGCCUGGGCUUCAAGAAGAAGCAUUAUAUCCAUUACAGUAAACCUCAGGAGGCUGUCCUUCUUAUGCAGCAGUUCAAGACCAUGUUGGAUCCCAAAGGAAUCCUAAACCCUUACAAGAUGUUACCGGCAAAGACAACUUGAUGUGAUAGAACCUAAGGAUAGAACCUCUUGUAGGGAGAUUUUUUUUUUUUUGCUUCAUUUGUAUAACUAGCUACAGACAAAUUGAAAAAGAAGAGUUUUUUUUCUGGGGUGAAGAAAGUUGCAUUGUCUUCCCAUUAUUGUCUACCACUUGCUCUAAAUUGUCUGGAAAGGAAGGUCGUUUGUAGCUUUAGGCACCCAAUUUUCUAAGCAUUUUACCUUCGAGGCCUCAGACCUGUCCUUAUUUUUAAGGUGUGAUACUCCAGAUGUUACUGGAUUCUAACACCCAUCAGCCUCAGCCACUUCCUACAGCCAGAAGUGAUGUGAUUUUUUACCUUAAUCCACACUGUAUUAUUUAAUUUUUAAUUUUUGUAUUGCGCUUUUUAAACUAUGACCAAAGUGUGGGAUUGUUAGCUGCCUUGAGUCCCCAAGGGGAGAAAGAUGGCUUACAAAUAAAUAAUAACAACAACAAUAA